UUUAUUUUAUUUAUAAUCUUAAAUAUGAUACUUAAAUAUGAUAACCGGUCAUUUGUUUAUUCGGUCAGGGAACUCAUAAGGACCCGUUACAGAGAGUCUAUUGUAUUAAAAUCAAGAAGUUUAAUGACAUCGAAUAUUUUUGAUACUGAUACAAGAAUUAAAACUAAAAACAAAAGCUAAAUAUAUAAAAAAUUCUUAAAUUGAUGUAAUUAUUUACAGAUCAAUUUUUCAAACAAAUUUUCGGAGACAAGACAUAAUUAUUUACAAAUCACUAUUUAAACUCGUCCCCUCUUAACGAUACGUCUAGACGUCCACAUUAUCAUCAUCGUCGAUAAUCUUCGAUGUCCACUAUCAUCCAUUCAAAUUUCAAUUAGCCACGUUCGUUGUUCCAGGGCUUGCUUUUUCUUUACAAGCUUUUCGAUCCAAGGAUUCUUAAAUGGAGACUCGAGGGAAUACUUGGAGGCCAUCGGUUAACGCGAGAAAUAAUGCGCGACCUAAAUCGCCAGUUAAGAGAUUCUCCAUUCCGAGGACGAGGAGGGCCGCUUUAAAGGAAUCGACGGUAGCGAUCCAAAAGCGCUAUGCCAAAUGAUAGCGCGAACGAGGCGCGGGUUGGCACGACAGAAGUCGAGUGGAAGAUCGUAUGGAAGCGUAAUGUCGGAACGUUGACCCGACAUUUCCCCGAGGAAUGUUAUCAAACCGGUAUCGAUUAUGUGCCGGAAAACCCCUCGAUAUGCUCGGCUCGACUCGGCUCGCGGACGUUCCAUGGGCUUCGAAAGCUUCUUAACUCGUCUUGGUGGUUUUACAGGUUUGAGGCGAUCAUUUGGAUUUUUAACAGCCAAUUAAGGGAUUUUUCGAGGGAAAGGAUUAUAAUGAGUAGAUUAUUCUGGAAGUAUAAAAUAUAUUUUAUGUAAAGGAAAUAAAAGUGAAUAAGUAAAAUUGAAAAAUCUUGUU